GUCGAGAAUAAGACUGUACUAGUACGUGUUUAUGUUUACGCAUUUUAAUUAUUAAAACGCGUAUAAUUGACGUGUCCUUUUUAUUAUUCAUAUCCACAUGGUCAAGUCUCGAUGGCAACAGUUAAAACCUGGUAUCUGGGGCCGUGAUAUUGACGAGUGCGAGAGAUUUUACCAUUUGUCCGCUAGGAGAGAUGAUGGUUGUUACCCUAUCACCGGUUGUGCAUCUUUUUCAACCACUUCUUCCAGCAGCGUAUUAACCGUCGGAGAAGACGAUGGGGAGCGACAUCGGGUCGAAGGUGCCUUAAGGAAUGCCUGGGCCACACUCUGCUAUGAACAUCCGACCUUGCGGUCUCGAAUUGAACAUGACGAACAUAGUGGUCGAUGUAGGAGGCUAUACUCAACAUUCAGAAGUCAAGAUGAAAAGGAGAGCUGGCUGGACACGACAUUUAUAGUUGUUGAUACGAAACUACACCCUUCGCAGUGGUUCAACGAAGAGUCGCUCUCAUUUGGAAUUUCCACUCUCUUUCUUGUCAGGUCGAGACAUCCAGACAAAUACCACCAAUCUAUCUUUCUACGAUGUCCUCACGAUAUUACGGACGGUAUCGGUAUCCUUCAAUUAGUUGACCAGUUGGUUAGUUAUGCUGCCCGAGCUUAUGAGCAAGGCGUCACGUAUACGGCACCGACAUGGGGCGAUGAAUAUUCUAGACUUUCCCCAUGCCUGCGCGUCGCCGCUACCAUCCCCGACUCGCUAUCUGAAGCCCAAACUGAGCGAUUUAAAGAGAUUCAGACUGAAAACCUUGGGACUUACACGCAUCCCAAUCUUCUUGGACUUCCACCAAGCUCUACUACCACCUCCAUCCUACAAAGCAGGAGGCAACGUCUCGCAGUUGUGGUUCCCAAAGUCACCAGCCAACAGAUUACCCGUAAUUCUAAGGCCAUUGCCCCGGGGGUCAGUGUAACUCACGUUUUCAUGUCCGCUUUAGCAAUAGCGCUUUCCGAACUACAGCCCCCCAAAGAGGAAUCCCAUACUGUUCGUUAUGUUAAUCAUAGUAUGAUUAAUCUACGCCCUUACUGCAGCGACUCUUAUAGUACACCCGAACAUGCGGGUGCUGCAUAUCAUACUGUAUCCGCACAGGCGUUAGGCAUUGAUUUGGUGGUACCACCUCUUGCAACGUGUGGGGUUAUCGAGGGCAAUGUCGAUCAGUUGCCGCGGAUUACUACCGACGUGCGAGAUUUCUUCAAGCGUAUUCGGCCGAUAUCUUCAACAGACGAACAGGUCACCCUUGCUCCGCUAAUGUUUAAGUCUCUCACACCUUCGCCUGGCUCUGACCCUCACAUGACAUCUAGCCCCCCUUUCUGCCCCGUUCCUCUUUCCUCCAUUGGCAAUGUGGCUUCUGUGGUAUCGCCGAGAUAUGGUAGCUUCAAGAUAAUGGACGUAUGGGCUUCCAGCGAGCCGAUCGGAGCCGGCGUAGCAGUUUUCCUCGGGACUUGGGAUGGAGAAAUUCAACUCUCGGGCGUAUUUGAUACCCGAUAUCAUGACGCUAAUUAUAUCCAUAAAUUUUUGGAGCGUAUUGUAAAUUGCGUUACUAGGGGUUUGGAUAUCAACGAUUAUGUCGCACCUAAGUGAGCUUCUUCCGUUGAUGUUACAGGGCCAAGAGGCGCAGGCAAGAGGUGAAGAGUCCGACUUGGUCGGUUUUUUAGGUGUGUUCAAUAAUUAAAAACGCGCCUCCCCCCUAAGGAUAUUUAUUUAAGUAGUUUCGCGAAUAUAAACUUACAGAUUGAUCUUUUGACACUUAGCUUCAGCGGUCUCCUGUUGGUGUGGGCUUAACUAACUUGAGGAUGACCGAG